GGUACCAGACCUGUUCCCCAAAGGGCCAACAAGAACAUUAAAACUAUACGUUGUAAGUUGGUAUAUUUUCACUUCAAGGUGAUGCUUAAAAAGGGCAAGGUGGAUAGCCAGUUUUAGCUUCAUCAGUAUACCUUUGACGGACUAGCAACCUGUUUUUCAUGUGAGAGAGUGCUCACUGCUUCACUGAAAUGGGGGAUAAUCGAGAUGAUGAUGAACUCAGUAUUCCCAGAGCCUCUCUCAACAAGAUGAUCAAGGAGGUGAUACCUAAUGUGCGUGUUGCCAACGAUGCCAGAGAGCUAAUUCUCAACUGCUGUACUGAAUUCAUUCACCUGGUAUCCACAGAGGCCAAUGACAUCUGCAACAAACAGAUGAAAAAGACCAUCUCACCUGAACAUGUGCUGGCAGCUCUUGACAGCCUCGGGUUUGGGGCCUACAAGGAGGAUGCUACGGAGGUACUGCGGGAGGCGAAGGCAGUGGCUGCCAAACGUCGCCGUGGUAGCACAAGGCUUGAAAACCUCGGCAUCCCUGAGGAGGAGCUGUUACGGCAGCAACAGGAGCUGUUUGCACAGGUGUGUGUUGGGGGCUGA